AUGUUCAAAAAGCUGAAAGAGGGUUUCAAACGGAAAACCAGAAGGGACGGACUGAAGGAGUUUCACGAUGCCCCGCCUCACGCCUCCAGCUCGGGGACUAGAGAUGCUGAUCCCCUAACCCUAGCUCCUACGAUACCCCCCGAAACGCCCAAGACGAAGACCAUAACGGAGGGACAGAAGGAGCUUCGUGAUCCCUCGCCUGAAGCCUCUAGCUCGGGGACUAGAGAGCCAGAUGCUGAAUUCCAAACCCUGGCUCCUACGAUACCCUCCGAGAAACGAAAUGCCUGGGAAGAAGCAUACCAAAAGCUCAGAGCUGAUUCUGACUUUUCGGAUCGUUUUGCCCAUUAUGAGGAGUACCUUGUCCAGCAAGCAUCUUCGGGCCAAGAUGUGAACCCCGGGACUGAUUCCCCGAGGCAGCGCUUCGAGCGUCUCCAAAUAUGGACCAAGCGAGAACUCGAUGCCUUGCCGAAGCGUCGAAUGGCAAUUUCUAUAGGUGGCAGGGAAAUUGUGGUCCGGGACAAGUUUCACAAGGCCGUAAUGCUCAUCGAUCGGAACAAAGCCAUCGUUAGCGCUGUAGUAACAGUAGAGCCCAUUGCUGGGUUGGUUUGGGGAGGCACCAUGGCUGUCAUACCGUAUUUGAACAACAUCUUCCAGCAGGACGUGGAUGCUACAGAGGGAUACGAAAGCAUUUGCUUGCGUCUCAUAGAGAGCACCAUGAUGGAAGAAAAUCUGAGGGGAUCGUAUUCUCGUCCUUCCACCUCAGAGAACCGCAAGAAACUGAUUUCCACUAUUCAAGACAACCUCGCACUCCUAUAUUUCGAGGUACUCCGCUAUCAUGUCCGGCUUUUCUUCCAGUACUCCACUCAAUAUUCUCGUCAUGCGAUUAACCGUUUUCUGCGCAACCUGGUUGCAGCGGACGAGUGGAAAUCUAUGGCGCAAGGAGUGGAUGGGGCAAUGCAUAAUAUCCUCGCACAAAUGCACCUGUUGGCCGACAAUGAGGCAGGGUUAGCGUAUGACACAGAUAGUGAUGACAUGAGAGAUCUGAAUCAACUCGAUUACAUCUUCGAGGCCUUCCACGACUCGAAAGAUGUAUCAAAUGCAGGGUCGUGCCUCUCGGGGACUCGGAUGGACACCUUGAAGGCCAUCAAGGACUGGAUCGAAGACCCCGACGGCGAACCAAUGUUCCGGCUCACUGGACUAGCCGGCACUGGAAAGUCGACUGUUUCUAUCACUGCUGCUAACGCUCUAAGCAGAGGCAGUUGGCCUGAUGGCUACUCGCUCGCCAAUACCGCCGUUCUCGGGGCCACCUUCUUCUUCUCUGCUAAAAAGGCAUCUAGAAACAGUGGCCGCCACUUCUUCGUCUCAGUAGCAUGGUGGUUAGGACACACAGUCCCAGGGCUUAGGGAUGAAAUAGCGCGUGCUGCCCGAGACAAUCCGCAGCUUAUAGAAGCGUCAGAGCUCUUGUUUCCCCUAGAUUUCAUCCUCGUCAUUGACGCACUGGAUGAGUGCGGAGUGGAAGACGCCAAAGGAAUCCUUCAAGAAUUGAAGAAACUCACCCGCCUGGGCCAAGUCAGACUGCGAGUUCUAUUGACCAGCAGAUCUGGGACAUCUGUGGAUGGCGCCCUCGGAGAUACACAACAAGCACCUCGAUAUCUUUCCUUGGAGAAGAUUCGCCUCUGUGCAAGCAAUGACGGUCCCCAGGUUGGCGUUGAUGAUACUGAUGACGAUAUAGUCAGGUUCCUGUGGCAUAUGCUUUCCGAUAUCGCCAUGAGACGGGGAUUCCCACACGAUUGGCUCGAUAGAAAGAAAGUUGUGGAACUUUCGAAGAUGACUGGAGGACUGUUCAUCUAUGCAUCUGUUGUUUGUCGCUUUUUUGACCAUGAUUAUUUCGACAACGAGGUUCUCGACAGCCGGCUGAGGCAAAUCCUUAGCCGCGAUAAGGAAUCGGAAACUCCUGAGCGUACGCUCAUCGACGACAUUUACACCAAGGUGUUGCGAUUCCAUUACGAUACCCAACCUAGAAAAGAGAGGGCUGCGGCGUCGCUGAGGAUCAAAACGCUUCUAGGAACCAUCGCAGUGCUAUGCGAACCAGUGACUAUUGUCACACUUGCAACGCUUCUUCGGAAGCCACAUGAGCUCCUACGGACCCAGCUAGCCCCAUUUGGCCCAGUACUUAAUAUUCCAGAAAUGAACGACGCUGGUCAUCCUCUCGACUUCGUUCACCUUUCGUUCGGCGACUUUCUCCUCAGCCACGAAUGCCCGAAAGAAUUCUCCGUCGACAUAACCGCCAGGCACUUUGCAAUCCUUGAUUGGUGUCUCAAUACCAUGAGCAACCAGCUCCACCAGGAUCAAUUUCAGCUUCGGAUGCCCGGCAGCCUACUCUCAGGUGUUGCAACCUCAUUGCCAGAAUCUUCACUGCCAGAAUCGUUGCGAUAUGCUUGCUGCUACUGGAUCGAUCAUCUCGAAAAGAUCGACAGUGAAACGCGCCAAGGAUUCCUGACGGAUCAAGGACGGAUUCAUAGCUUCCUAAAGAAGAACCUGUUAUUUUGGCUCGAGGCCCUGAGCUUGAUAUCUCGAAUAUCAAUUUCGAUUCCGGUUCUCAACAAGCUUCUCUAUCACGUCAAUCCUUCGAAAAGUCCUAAUUUGUAUGGACUGCUCGAAGACGCGCUGCCAUUCAUACGAAGAAACCAGUCAAUUGCUGAAAAGGCACCCCUUCAGCUGUACUGCUCCGGACUUGUCUUCUGGCCAAGGGAAAAUGCCGUAUACAAAGAGUUUUCGCACCUCAUUCCAAUUUGGAUCAAACAACCCAAAGCAACUGUCCAGCAAGGCGUGCAACGCUCCUCAGAUGCCAAUCUGUUUGUUUUUGAGGGCCAAGAAGGCGACAUCUAUGGUGUUGCAUACUCACUAGACAAUACAGCAAUUGCAGCCCGGUCUUCCGAUGGAGUGACUGUAUGGGAUGCCAUCUCAGGGAUGAAGAAGAGUACAAUCUCGACCAGAAACGCAAUGAGUUUCGCGCUCUCAAAUGAUGCCAAAAAGCUCUUGAUCGGAUCAAUUGACGAGAUCGCAGUGUGGGACCUUGAAACAAACCAGAAAAUACGUGUCGAAACCGAGGACUACAUCGUGGCGCUCGAAUUUUCUCCUCAAGGCGACAUUGUUGCUUCGGGUUCAGCAGAUGGAACCAUUCGUUUGUGGGACAUCUGGAAAGGCGAUGAAAUACGAACUUUCAAGAGCUCAUCACAACUUGUUCGAUAUCUUCGGUUCUCGCUAGACGGCAAAGUCCUGGCAUCUGCAGCCGGCUCUAGCCCGACUGGCGGGCCAUGGUCACUUGAACUCUGGGACCUUCGGGACGAUUCCCUAACAAUGACGCUACAAGAGUCCUGCAGGCAUAUCAUGGAUAUGAGGUUGUCCGCAGACGGAAAUCAAAUGACCUUCGUGCCAGAGUCAGGUGAUAUCAAGGUGAAGGCUCGUGGUAGAUCCGAUUCCUGUUUACCUCUGCAUCGAGACGAACGCAUCACCACGAUCGCGCUCUCCCCGACGGACUUUGGGAUGGUCGCGAUCGGCUAUAUCGAUGGCACAAUCAAGUUACAUCAAGCAGGUACGCCCAAAGACAUUGGCUAUCUCAGGGGCCACCAAAAGUCCAUUACCAGCCUGUCAUUCACCUCGGACGGAAGGGCGCUGGCGUCAGCCUCGAAGGAUCGCACAGUUCGUUUAUGGGAAGUGGGCAUCACUAGCAGCGAUGAACAUAAGCAACCAACUGCGCGGAUCGCUCGGGCUACUUUCUUCCCAGCAAGCGAGAAUAUGGUGGAAGUCACGAUGAGGGACAUGACACGGCGUCCGGGUCACGAGCGGCUUUUCACCACCAUUUGGGAUUGGGAUCUAGGCGGCCAGAACAUUGGGCAAACGCGCGAAGACGCCCUCGACAUCUCCGAACACCAGAUUCUUCGAGAGUCAGGACCUUCCUGGGACGUCGAAAAAUUGGAGGUCUCUCCGAAGGGGGAUCUGAUAUUGGUUUGCUUUCGCAACGGCAAAGCUCAGUUUUGGAAUGCUAGCACGAAGCGAGCUAUUUCAGAGCUGUUUGAUGAUGUCACGGAAGCCAGAUUCUCCGCAGAUGGGAAAGUCGUUGCUUUGAUCAGUAAGAGUUACGACAUCACGGUUCUGAAGGUGCAGUCCUGGGAGCCUCUGGCUGCAUUUAAGAACCCCCUCAUCCUAGACUGCACACUAUCGCCUGAUGGUCAGACUAUUGCCUGGGUGACCUUCAAAAAGGCCGAGCCCAUGGACUUUGAACUAAAAGUAUAUGACCUUGUCAGGAGCAGCCAACGUUUCUGUAGUUCCUGUGGAAUGGACAGCUUGAUUCAGCGCCUCAUUUUCUCCCCAGACGGGGAGUCGCUUCUACAUAUGAGAGACGCCGAACCCAUGAGAAUCCUCGAUGUCCCAACAGGCGAGGAAAGGGGUCAAUUUGGACACCCACCCUCGCCUCAGACUCGGCCACGGCAAUUUUUCACAGAUGACCGACGUUCGCACAUUCGCGAAUUGGACGAGGAUGUACAUGAGGAUUUUGAGACGCCGUCAUUUUCUCCGGACGGAAUGUAUGUUGCAUACUCGGAAGAUAAUCGACUGAAAAUAUGGGACACCAGGACGAUGUCACAGGUCGAGCCACCCGAUCGAGGUAUCACCCACAGGCUAUCGGGACUAGCUUUCUCACAAGGCGGUUUGAUAGCCAUCUCCUGCCCGAAGUAUGAUUCCAGCGAGACUGUCGUCAAAGUCUGGGACCUUGUGAAAAAAGUUGAGAAGGCUGUUUUCAGAUUUAGUGCUCCACUUUCACUCCUCCGGAUCUCAGACGAUGCAAAGUUUAUCGAGUCCAGCUGUGGACGCCGGCCUUGCGAUGCUGUCUACCAAGAUCGCCACUGGUCAUCUUUGGAAAUGAUGCCGUCAGAUCUGCAAGACCACCUCUACGUUGAAUCAGAGUGGAUAGUUCAGGGUUUUGGGAAUCUUGUUUGGCUUCCGCCGCCAUUUAGAAAUUCGGCCUCAGCAGUAAAGGGUGGGAAAGUCGCCUUGUUUAACCAGUUCGGGGCUGUAGAGAAGCUGGAAUUUCUUCUCACUGAUACUCCUCUAGUCAAGGGAAAGAAUUUUUGCCAUUAUUGA